AAAAAAAAAAAAAAAAAAAAAAAAGAAAAGAAAGAAACCUUGUCGUGCGCUACCAGUUUCCUCCGAUCCGGCUUGAAAUAAAAAAGAAAGAACAAAAGAAAACAAGAAACAACAACAAAAACCCAACCCAGAAAGAUAUUCAACAUUUUCCAGGAGGCGAAAACAAAGUGUGCUGCAAUGGGUUACUUGGCUCAGUCCACUAUUCACGCCUUAUGGACGCCUGUCUGGUGAUUGCUGGAGACUUUAAGGGUUAUCUCCUGCGGUGACUCAAGAGUGCAUCAUUUCUAGAUCCUCUGAUAGCACCAACUCUCCAUCCGCCUGUAUUGAACUUUCCUUUCCUUCUCCCAUCCUGCUUCCAUCUCUAUCUAACCAAUAAAGGUUAACUUCUCAGAGCAAUAAUGGAGGACACCUACAAUAACAGGACUUCUCUGGUUAAGGGAGCCAAGGACAUAGUCAAGGAGGCCAAGCGGCACGCAGCUAAGAAGGUCAACAAGGCGGUUGAUCGCGCUACAGAUGAGUAUUCCUCUCAUCGCAACUACACGCGAUUCCAGGAUGAGGAGGAUGAAGAUGAGGAUUUCUACCACAAUCAAAAAGUGAAUGAAGGAGAGGGCUACCGUGAAAAUGAGGAAGGCUCCAGCGAUGCCACUGAGGGCCAUGACGACGAGGAUGAGAUCUACGAAGGGGAGUAUCAGGGGAUCCCAUCCGCCGGAGACAAGAAACAUAAGGAGGGCCAGGUGGUGAAGGGAACACUGGUGUCAGACGCCACAAGGGACCGCAGUGAGCUGGAGCAGGAGAGGGAGGCAGAUGAAGAGGAGCUGGCUCAGCAGUACGAACUGAUCAUACAGGAGUGUGGGCAUGGGAGGUUCCAGUGGCAGCUGUUCUUUGUACUGGGACUGGCGCUGAUGUCAGAUGGUGUGGAAGUGUUUGUGGUGGGAUUUGUCCUGCCCAGCGCAGAGACGGACAUGUGUGUCCCAAACUCCAGCUCUGGAUGGCUAGGCAGUGUCGUUUAUCUGGGAAUGAUGGUUGGAGCUUUCUUCUGGGGAGGGAUGUCUGACAAAGUUGGCCGCAGACAGUGCCUCCUCAUUUGCAUGUCCACCAAUGGCUUCUUUGCCUUCUUGUCAUCUUUUGUCCAGGGAUACGGAGUGUUCCUUCUCUGCCGUAUAGUUGCCGGCUUUGGGAUAGGAGGCGCUGUUCCCAUAGUUUUUUCUUUUUUUGCUGAGGUUUUGUCCAGAGAGAAAAGAGGAGAACACCUCAGCUGGUUGUGUAUGUUCUGGAUGAUUGGAGAGAUCUAUGCAUCUGCCAUGGCCUGGGCCAUCAUACCACAUUAUGGUUGGAGCUUCAGCAUGGGGUCAGCCUACCAAUUUCACAGCUGGAGGGUUUUUGUCGUUGUUUGUGCCCUGCCAUGUGUGUGUGCUGUGGUGGCUCUCACCUUUAUGCCAGAAAGCCCCAGAUACUACCUUGAGGUUGGGAAGCACGACGAGGGCUGGAUGAUCCUCAAGCAGAUCCACGACGCCAACAUGAGGGCACGUGGGCUGCCAGAGAAAGUCUUUACUGUGAACAGGAUAAAAAUCCCAAGACAGUUGGAUGAAUUGGUUGAAAUGGAAACAGGAUCAGGGAACCCAGUUUCCAAAGGUUUCUUCAGGAUAAAAGCUGAAAUUCAUGGGAUAUAUCUAAACCUCAUGAAGUGCUUCAACUACCCUAUGAAGGAAAACAUGAUGCGCCUGGCAGUGGUUUGGUUCACGCUGUCCUUUGGGUAUUAUGGUCUGUCUGUUUGGUUCCCUGACGUCAUCAAACACCUUCAGGCAGAUGAAUAUGCCUCUAAAGUGCAGAUCCACAAUAAUGAACGCAUUGAAGAUUUCACCUUUAACUUCACCCUAGAGAACCAGAUCCACAAAAACAGCAUUUUUAUUCAAGACCAUUUCGUCAAUAUGAAGCUUAAGUCCGUCACCUUCAUUGACUCCACGUUCAGAAACUGUUACUUCGAAGAUGUGACGUCGGUGGGAUCCUUGUUCAAGAACUGCACAUUUAUUGACACUUUCUUCUACAACACAGAUAUUGAUGAUUCCAAGCUGGUAGAGGGUACAGAAUUGAUCAACAGCACUUUUACCCACAACAAGACUGGCUGCCAGAUGACCUUUGAUGAUGACUACAGCGCCUACUGGGUUUACUUUAUCAACUUUCUGGGAACACUGGCUGUUCUUCCUGGCAACAUUGUGUCUGCACUUUUGAUGGACAAAAUUGGCCGUUUGUCCAUGUUAGGUGGCUCCAUGAUCCUGUCAGGCAUCAGCUGUUUCUUCUUGUGGUUUGGCACCAGUGAGUCUAUGAUGAUUUUCAUGUUGUGCCUUUACAACGGUCUGAGCAUUUCUGCCUGGAACUCCCUGGAUGUAGUCACUACAGAGUCUUUCCCCACUGUCAGGAGAGGAACAGGCUUUGGUUUCUGUAACGCCCUGUGUAAGCUCGCUGCUGUUCUGGGGAACCUGAUCUUUGGAUCACUUGUUGGCAUCACCAAGGCUGUCCCUAUCCUCAUGGCAUCUUCGGUGCUUGUUGGAGGAGGGCUGGUUGGACUGCGACUGCCUGAUACUCGGGCAAAUGUCCUUAUGUAAUGCUGUCUUGAAGCCAACUUUGAUAAAUCCUGUGAGUUCUAAAGAAGGCCAAUGUAGUUUUCCAUAGGGAGUGCAAGUGGCUUGGUUAGUCCUCAGUGUGUUAGUAUUACUAAUAUUUGAUGAAUAAUGCCUUGAAAAUGUAUUUACAAUAUUUUUUUUUCACAUUAAGACAAAUCAUGACAACUUUUAAUUAAUCUAUUACACCAACGAUACAGCGAUACACCAACACAAGUGGAAUAUGUUAGUGAAUUGGAGGAAAAGGGAUGCAUGAAAUUAUAUUUACUCCAAAAAUCUAAAAUCAUGAAAUAGCUUUACAGUUCUAGAGACUACAGUUGUUGCUAGUUAUCAUUUCCAAAACAGCUCCCACUCAGUCAGAUUAGAUGAGG